GCUAUGCGCGCAUCCUCCCCAUCAUAGCCGAAAAUUCUACACUCGAAGUCCCGAUUCCCGCGUGUCGAAACCACGCGAAAGUUGAAUUUCAUAACAACUCGCGAAUAUUUUUUUUUAAUUUUUAACCAAUUGAACUUUACUUUUUUCGGACGAACUUACACUUGGCGGCAAACGGUAAAGUUUUGUGUUGUGUAAAGUGUUUUGCAUACUAUCAGAGCUUAUUAGGAUUUUUUAUUUGCUUCUGUGUGCUGUAUCGGUGUACCGAAAGAUUCUGUUCAUGUGAAAGUGUUGCUUUAUUUUGUGCACUUUAUGAUUUGGAUUUUUUUGCUCCGGAAUUUUUGGAACAACAUGGAUAUGACGUGUGCGAACGCCACAUGAUUGACGAACUCGUAUUAGUGAAUUAAAAUUCAUAACGCCGCGACUUAAAAAGUAGCGAUAAGAUCAAAAAUGCUGGGGUGUGCUCUGAGAAGAGUUACCUCAGUGUUUAUUCCUUCCGCAGCUACAAAAGUCAACUUCAGCUCGGCUGACGAUAGCCGAUGCUUAGAUAAGUAGAUGAUCGGUCGUCAUAGAUAAACUUUUAAGUUUUGGCCAUUUUUCAAAAAUUUUAAUUGGCAAUCGCGAAUUACGAAGCUAGUCAGAGCAACAAUUGAGAUAGUGCAUAAGUUACCAAUAAGGAUUACAAUAAAAAACACAAGUAGCGCCGAACCCGCCACUGCGGUGGUAUGCUUUAUAUUGCAUCUUGUGUCGACUGUGCGCUGACUGGUCGCUACGUCACGUGGCUUCCCGGCGCGCGACUUCAGUGCUGGAUGCUACUAACUGUAUACACGUUACCACAGCUUGCCGUCUCUGCGAAGAUAUUGUGCCUCCUGAUGGUGGUGAUUUGCGGUGCGGUGCCGUCGAUGGUCAGGUCAGUGCGCCUGUACAGCCGGUGCUCUCAUAUGUUCGUCAACGUGCUCCCAAACGGCACCGUCAUGGCUCAUUCCAAUGUAAACGACCAGCCGAAUCUCACCCUCAUCGGUGGAAAAGAGCUCGAGCUACUGAUCUACUCCCCCAUCCAGGACAUGUAUCUCUGUUUCAACCGUUCAAGGCUGAUCGGCAGGCAGAUGACACGAGAUCAAGCGGAGAGACAACAAAAAUGCAUCUUCAAAGAGGAGUUUUUAAACGGCUACAACAGAUACAAACUAGCAAAGUACCCCCAGGUCUACAUCGGGUUCAACCAUCUCGGAAUGCCAAUGCGCUACUCCAAGAAUCGGCCUAUGAAGCCCCGUUGCACUUCUUUCUUGAAGGGGGAUUACGGGUUCGAUAUCACCAACCACAAUUUACAAGUCUCCGCCGGAGAAAAUGCCGUCUACCAGCGCCCGCAGCGUAGACUCCGGCCUCCGCCCCAGAAUUCCAUCAAGAAUUGUCACGGCAUCCGCCACCGCCACGGCAGACACAGUAGGCGGAAGAACUGCCACGGCACGUAGAAAAGCAAUCCUAUUACGUAUUAGCAGCUCAUUUACGCUUCAACGCUUCGCGCGUUCCGUUGCCAGCUGUCGAUGGAUAUUGUGAGUGGACAGAGUAUUAGUCAACUACCGCAGUAUUAUUACAGUGACGAGGACUGGAUAGCGUUAGGUUAGUGCUCGCGGUGGCCGCGGCGUCUCAAACGCCGCAUGAAUGGUAGCUGAAGCGAGCGAGCAAACAUUUGAAUGGGGAGAAAAAAGCCGAGCCGGGACGAACGUCCGCAGAGCUGUGAAAUUCCUUAAGGUCGUGUAACAUCGUGGCGCUCGUUUGCUCUUGUGCUUGCUAGGACUCGUGCUCUAAAAGGAAAAAAGGUUUUCUGUGGUAAGAGCAAAUAGUAGUCCCGCCGGUCACGAGUCUUCCGACAGACCACCGCUGAACUGAAGUCCGUGUCCUUCGUAGCAUGACGCGGGCGCGAGGUGGCUUGUGUUACGUCCUCAUCACCAAUAGAUUUGCACCCUCGGUUGCUCCAGCUGGCUCGCCAUAAGUGUAGCAAAACGCCUUUACGUCAAUUCUCAGUGUGUUAUUAUUUAAAAGGCUUUACUGUUCGUGUUAUGCUUGUAAAUAUAAUUAAAGAUAAUUUGUGUUUACUUAUUUAUCGAAAAGCGUUAAUCAGAAAUUUGUAAACGUAGACAUUAGUUGUAAAGUUGUAUUAAAAUAUUUUGUAUUUAAUUAUGGGUAUUUAAUCUAUCCGACCUACCGCUCUCUUGUGAUUAGCCGCAGUCGAUACGUCCUAGUUUUCUUAUUAACCUCUUGUAACCAUUCUCGCAGCUCUGCUUUGUUUACAAAAUAUUUGUAUUCUACUUUGUUACGAGAUUGUAUUUGAUUGUAUGGUUUGAGCGUUUUGUACAUAUAUUAUUUUAAGAGUUAGUCUGGGAGUGAUAGGUUUCUGAAUCUCUUCGUUAGUAGUCUGAUUUCUCGAUUUCUGUCACAAUGAUGCCUUUAUGUUUCAUUUGAGACGUACAUAAAUUGUGCGGUGUAAUAUUUGUAAAGCUAGUUUUGCUAUUUGUGAUACACAAACACCGAAACACAAAAAGCAUCAUUGAUCCCCCAUGUUCUGAAGAAUUUUUUAAAAUUUCUUGAUCAUCACGCAUAUCUAUACCUAUUGUAAUAGAAGACAUUAUAAUCUUAAUAUUUUAAUAAGAUCUGUGCCAUAGUGUGGUGGCAAUGUACAACUUUGUGUUCGCAUUGUAACUAGUGUGUUAAGUUUGUCUGUAAACUACGAAUAGAGAAAAAUGUUAAACGUAAGACAAAUAACUGAAAUUAAACGUUAGUGUAUCCUAUACCCAGUGUAUAUUCAAAUGGAAAGUAAUUCGAAUAAAAGUACUAGAAUCGACCCCGGACAGGCAGUGUGAACUUCAGUCGUUGUUUUACAUUACAUUCCCAUGUGUUCCAUAGAGUAAUGUACUCAUAGACAAUGCUAGUAAAAGAAUAUUGAAACAUUCCAAACAAUAAAUUGUGUAUUAAUUUACAAAAUAUGCGCUUAAAUACAUAAUACAUUUUGUUAAUAUUGUGACACUGUCUACUUUAUUAUUGUGUCUAAAUAUAAGUAUUCAGAUGCUGAGAACGAAAUCAUAUACCUAAUUGCUAAGAAAAAUUACGAAAUUAAAUCAUAUUUAACUC